AUGCACAUCCUCCUCACCAACGAUGACGGACCUCCGUCCCCUCAUUCCUCCCCCUACGUCCACUCCCUCAUCCACCACCUUCAGAAGGCUGGCCAUGUAGUCUCCGUCUGUCUCCCGCACACCCAGCGCUCUUGGAUCGGUAAAGCGCACAUUAUCGGACAGACAGUCAAGCCACUGUACUACCGCCCCUCCGCUGACGGCCUACACGGCACGGAGGGUACAACCUCGACCCGUCCCUCCCCCUCCGGAGCCGACAACGAGUGGAUUCUCGUUGACGGCACCCCGGCGUCGUGUGUUCAGAUCGGCCUUCACCACUUCUUCAAAGAGCGCGGGCCCAUUGACCUUGUUGUAAGCGGGCCCAACUACGGCCGCAACACUACUGCCGUUUUUGCCCUGAGCUCUGGAACGCUUGGUGGCGCGCUCGAGGCCGCAGUCUGCAAGCGCAAGUCCAUUGCCAUCAGCUACGCCUUCUUCUCGCGAAACCAUGAUCCCGUCAUCAUCGACGGCGCUGCAAGGCACUCUGUCCGCGUUAUUCAGAAACUGUACGAGCAGUGGCCUGCUGGUGAUGAGGUAGACCUGUACAGCGUCAAUGUGCCGCUUGUCGAGGGCGUGGAGAGCCACAAGACGUUGUUCACACCCAUGCUGCAGAACUACUGGCGUGAUGGCAGCUGCUUCCAGGAGAUUGAGGGCGACGUUGGCGAUGAGGAUGAGGAGGAGGAGAAGAUCCGUGAGGGUGACUUUGGUGAGGCGCUUGGCGGUGACGACGCGCCUGCUGCCGAGAAGAAGGGUGAGGAUGAGAAAUCUGCAGGACACAAGCACAAGCACUUCAAGUGGGCGCCUAAGUUCACGGAUGUGUACCAGAGUGUCGAGGAGGCGCCGCCUGGCAACGACGGCUGGGCUGUCAAGGAGGGCUACACAAGCGUGACACCCUUGAAGGCCAAUUUCUGGCAUGCCGCUGAGCACCUGCACAAGAAGGAGUUAAUUCUUGACGGGCCCCAAGAUGAUGGGGCCAAGGAGCAAGUUGCUCACCAGGCUGAGCUGCCUAUAAGGACAGCACUCGGACAGCCAUCUUCGAACCCAGAAUUCCAUGCCAUCAUCCACUACGAAGACCCCUACGUCCAGCCUCUCAUCCUCGAGGCCAUGGAGCGCCUAUUCCCGGAUAAGUACAACCUGCUCCCCGCGCCGCAGGCUGCCACCGACAGCGAGCCAGCACUCGCCGCAUCCCUCCCUUCGCCGGACACUCGCGUCCUGCACAUUGCGCCCUACGAGUCCCUCGACUUUGACCACGUCGCCGCCCACUCUUCGACAACUCUCGUAAACAGCUACAUCAUCCGAAAGGCCCUCAUCCGCAAGCACUACCUCUCCGCGACGGUCGACCACUGGGUUGCCAAGCACCCUGAUUCGGCGCUCAAGACGCACGUCAAGAGGGGAGAGCACUUCGAAGUGGAUUACGCCGAGUUCCUUGACGACGCGCUCGUCGAGGCGUUCGACCUGCGCGAGAGCAUGGACCGCAACGACGGCGUCGAGGACGCCAAGGACAGGGACUGGUGGAUCUUGAAGCCGGGUAUGAGUGACCGCGGACAGGGCAUCAGGUUAUUCAGCACUAUGGAGGAGUUGCAAGGCAUUUUCGAUGAGUGGGAGGAAGAGAGGCCCGAAAGCGAUGAUGAGGAAGAAGAAGAAGGAAGCGGCGGCGGCGGCGGCGGCGGUGACUACAUCACGACUUCUCACCUUCGGCACUUUGUGGCCCAGCCGUACAUUCACCCGCCGCUCCUGCUGCCGGGCGACGCGCGCAAGUUCCACAUCCGCACAUACGUGCUCUGCGUCGGCAGCCUGGACGUCUACGUCUACAAGCCGAUGCUGGCGCUCUUCGCGGGCAAGCCAUACAAGGCGCCGUGGGAGGACACGGACCUCGACGGGCAUCUUACCAACACGUGCUUGCAGGGUGGACAGUCCGCGCAGCCGCCCGUCAAGCAGUUCUGGGACCUCGUGGCGUCGCGGGACCUGUCGGAGGAGAAGGCAUCUGGCAUCUUUGAGCGCAUCUGCGAUGUCACGGGCGAGGUGUUCGAGGCGGCGGCGAGGGAGAUGACGAUUCACUUCCAGCCGCUGGGCAACGCCUUCGAGGUCUUUGGGCUGGAUUUCCUUGUCGACGCCGACGCCAGGCCCUGGCUGCUCGAGGUUAACUCCUUCCCGGACUUCAAGCAGACUGGAGGAGACCUCAAGGAUGUGGUGGCCGGGUUCUGGGAGGAGACGCUGAAGAGGUCUGUCGGCGGCUUCUUCGGCGUUGAAGCGCGUGACGGCGAGAAGAAGGGAGACAUGAUUCACGUCAGACGGGUUGACCUCGGAAGAAGGUGA